UUAUCUUUGUAAAAUAGAAAUAAAAACAUUGUCAGAACUCAGAAGACGCUCUUUGAAAUUCCCAACUUGUGUUGAACCCAAAGGUCUCUGUCACAAUAUUUGAACCAACCCUUCUCUUCUCUACCUGGAACAACUCGAUUCGAUCGGUUGCUUAAUGUUCCAACACAACACUUCACAUGGGAAGAAAACGUUCAAAGUCUACCUGCUUGACAAUCAAAGAUGCAGAGCUGGAUAGGAUUAGUUCCUUACCAGGUAAUGUAACAGACCAGAUUCUCUUACACUUGCCAAUUAAGGAAGCAUUGAGAACAAGUGUAUUAUCCAGCAAAUGGAGAAACAAAUGGUACACUAUGCCAAAUCUUGUGUUCGAUAAACAUUGUGUCUCUGAUGCAACUUUUCAAGACCCUUCAGGUAUCAGUAACAAGUUUUUGAGAAUUGUUGAUCAUGUACUUCUACUUCAUUCUGGGUCAAUUGACAAGUUUAAGAUCUGCGACAAGUAUCAAAAUCUCAUUGGUAUGAGUCCUGCAACUGAUACUGCUCGAUGGAUUCUUCAUUUAAUAAGAAGGUCUAUUAAAGAACUUGUGUUGGAUAUCAGGACAGGGCAAAGUUAUAAGAUACCUUGGUGCUUAUUCUCUUGUCAAAGUUUACAUCAUUUAGAAUUAACAAGUUGUUGGCUUAAACCUCCAACAACGUUUGAAGGCUUCAGGAACUUGGAAAGUCUUUCUUUGAUCGAAGUUACAAUGACUCAAGAUGCUUUCGAAAACUUGAUAUUCAAGUGCCCUUUGCUUGAAACAUUGGAAUUAGUUAAUCUUCAUGGUUUCACCCAAAUUAAUAUCCACACACCCAAUCUGAAGAGUCUUCUCAUCGUGGGUAAAUUUGACGAUAUUAGCUUUGACAAAACUUUCCAAUUUGUUACGGUACUCGUUGAUUUAAGUUUGUAUUUGAACUCUGAAACUAAUCAACGUAGAUUGCAUGGAUGCUCUAGUAGUUUGCUCAAUUUUUUCAAUCAUCGACCUCGCAUUGUAGGCUUAGUGAUGAAGAAUUACUUUUUAAAGUAUUUGGCUGCAGGUGUCGUUCCAGUAAAGCUUCCUACACCUUGUAUUCAUCUAAGCCAUCUUUUGUUAAACAUAAACUUCAAUGACUUGAAGGAAAUCUCGGCUGCUCUCUGCUUGCUCAGAAGCUCACCUAAUCUGCGAAAAUUAAAAAUAUCUGCACGGAUAGAGGAGCAGACUGACCUCUUAACACCGGCCUCCUAUUGUUGGGAAGAUAUCUUUUCCCGGCCAGACAUGCCCCUCAAAGUGCAACAUGUAACAAUAGACAUAAUCUCUGGUUUUCAAUCUGAGUUAGAUUUUAUCAGAUUUCUACUUCUCAAUUCUCCUAUGUUAGAAAAGAUGACUGUGAAGCCUCUUGGAAAUGUUAGACCAGAAUUGGUCACAGAACUUAUUAGGUUCAAGAGUGCAUCGGGAGAAGCUGAAGUUAUUUACCAUGUGGAAGACUCUUCAUAAUGAAUUUUAUUAUCCUCGAAUCGUAUUAUGGCCUUUAAGGGCAUUAUGACUAAAGUUAAACUUUUUGUAACAUUGCAACAAGUUACUGACACUUUUUCUUAAUUUUUUAAACUUUUUAUUUAUUGAUAGUGUGCUUAAGACUUAAUGGCAUUUUAAGCCUUAGAAAAUGCCACUUUUUUCCCCUCUU